AUGGAUUACAACAACAGGAAAAAGAACACUAAUUUCACUCCAGCACCAGGACGAAAUGCCAAACUGGACAGUUACAUUGAAAGUUUCCGUCUAAGAACCGUAUACUUGACAACCAAGCAAAACCAAAAGAAAAUGUUUCAUAAUAUCUCACUACAGGAACAAAUGGCUAUAAAUGACUUGAAAAGUAAUCAUGCUGUUGCCAUCAAACCAGCAGACAAGGGAGGAGCAGUAGUGAUAAUGAACACCCAGGACUACAUAAAAGAGGGGGACAGGCAAUUGUCAGGUGACAAAUACUAUCGAAAUAUGAAGACCUCACCAAGGAAAAAUCCUUUCAUUAAAUCCUUUCCUGAGAAUUUGCAUCUAGAACUGCAAUCACUCAUGCCAAGUAGUCCCUACAUGGGCACCUUCUAUAUGCUUCCCAUAAUUACAGGAAUGGGAACUCACAGAACGGAUCUCAGGACUGGUAGAAAAUACCCUAAAACCUCUAGUCACCAAUGUGGAAUCCCUGUACAGCAACAUUCCACAUACAGAUGGCAUCAAUGUUUGCUUCCAUUUCCUCUCUUAUGCCAACAACCAAAAAUACAGCCCCCGAAUUAUCAAAGAACUGGCCCUAUUCAUCCUCGCACAUAA